GAAAUAUUUCCAGCCCUUCAAUCAGAGCCUUUUGUCUGACUGCGCUGACUCAUCUGUCUGAACCUCUGCCUUUGGAUAUUGGAUUUCGUUGUCUGCCCAUUGUUGGAUUUUUACCUGUUUGGACCGACCACCUGUUGCUGACUCUUGCUGCUGCACCAUUCUGUGUGAGUGUUUCUCUGCCAGAACCAGUGAUGGACGGCAAGCUGCCUCCACAGCAAGGAGACCAGACUAACCUCUCCCAGAGAAACUUCCCCAAUAAGGGAGCAGCCACCAAUGACGGCCUGCAUCCCAGGGGACAGUGGGCAAACAAGGCUGAGUUCCUCCUGGCCUUGGCUGGGCAGACUGUCGGCCUGGGCAAUGUGUUUAGGUUCCCUUACCUCUGCUACAAGAACGGGGGAGGUGCCUUCCUUAUACCUUACCUGUUGUUCCUGGUGCUGUGCGGCAUCCCCCUGUUCCUCCUGGAGAUCUCACUGGGACAGUACACCAGCCUGGGAGGGAUCGGCGCCUGGAGGACUAUCUGCCCGUUAUUCGGAGGUAUCGGCUAUGCCACCCAGGUAGUAAUCCUGCAUUGCUGUGUGUACUACAUCAUCAUCCUGGCCUGGGCUGUCUUCUACCUGUUCUACAGCUUUCGGGCGGAGCUGCCCUGGUCGCACUGCAACAACACGUGGAACACUGAUGCAUGUGUCCCAUUCAACCACCUAAACCAGACUGACACUGGGAGCCGCCUGCCUGAGAACGCCACCACCCCUGUCAUAGAGUUUUGGGAGAGGGAAGUGCUCCGUCUCUCCAGCAGUUUAGACGAGGUGGGUCCAAUCAGCUGGAAGCUGGCUCUGUGUCUGGCUUUUGUCUGGAUCAUGUGUUACUUCUGUGUCUGGAAGGGAGUCAAGUCUACCGGAAAGGUGGUGUAUCUGACCGCCAUCUUCCCGUAUGUCAUGCUGUUGGUGCUGCUGAUACGUGGUGCCACUCUGCCUGGAGCGACCCAGGGCAUCAUCUACUACCUGAAACCCAAUCACACCCGCCUGGCAGACCCGCAGGUAUGGAUGGAUGCAGGUACCCAGAUAUUUUUCUCAUAUGGAAUCUGUUGGGGAACUCUUGCAGCCCUCGGCAGUUACAACAAGUUUGACAACGACUGUUACAAGGAUUCUUUCUGUCUGUGCCUCCUGAACAGUUUGACCAGUUUCACGGCAGGUUUUGCCAUCUUCUCGGUGCUGGGCUUCAUGGCUGAGGAGCAGGGCGUGGACAUAGCAGACGUGGUCCAGUCAGGACCUGGCCUCGCCUUCAUUGCUUACCCGAGAGCUAUAGUCUUGAUGCCUGUACCCCAACUCUGGGCCGUCUGCUUCUUCCUUAUGGUCCUCAUGCUUGGGCUGGACACAGAGUUUGUGAAUUUGGAGUCCCUGAUGACGUCAUUGACUGACCUUUUCCCUCAUCUGAUCCGACGAGGCCACCGCAGAGAGCUGCUGCUGCUGUUCAUCUGUGUCGUUUGCUUCCUGAUUGGACUGGUCAUGGUCACGCCGAUCGGUCUCUAUGUGUUCAACAUCUAUGACCAGUUCUCCUGCAGUGGAACCAGUCUGCUGCUUCUCGCCAUGUUCGAGUCUCUGGCCAUCGGCUGGAUCUACGGUGCCGAGCGAUUCAGUGCCAACAUCAGGGAUAUGAUCGGUUACAGCCCCCUGCCUGUUUUCAAGCUGUGCUGGAAAUACUUGACCCCGGCUGUGUGCACAGCUACUUUUGUGUUUUCUCUGGUGAGCUGGUCUCCGUUGAACCUGGGGUAUGGCCUGGUCACUCCAGUUUGGGCCACUGCACUGGGUUGGCUCCUCGCUCUCUCCUCCCUCUCCUUGCUUCCAAUCUGGGCCAUCUACGCCCUGGUCUCCACCCCG